GUUUAGAAACUGGCCCAAUUUCGACUACCGCAUGCUAAAUACACUUCAGCACAACUAGGGUGUAACAAAAAUAAAAACCGUCUAUUAAAUGUAUUACCGUAUGAAUCUACUCGAGUUCCAUUACAACCGAUACGUGGUGUUGAAGGAUCAGAUUAUAUAAAUGCCAAUUUUGUAGACAGUUAUCGUGAUCGGAAAGCCUAUAUUGCAACUCAAGGUCCAAUGGCUAAAACAGUUGAGGAUUUCUGGAGAAUGAUAUGGGAGUUAAACUCUAAUAUUGUUGUAAUGCUAACAAAUUUGAAUGAAAGAGGUCGAGAAUGUUGUUAUCCAUACUGGCCUACAGAGAGGUCAUCUCGGUAUCAAUAUUAUGUUGUUGAUCCUCUGGUUGAAUACAAUAUGCCAAAUUAUACUCUGAGAGAAUUUAAAUUAACAGAUGCACGAGAUGGUCAAGCGCGUACACUUCGUCAAUUUCAGUUCACGGAAUGGCCUGAACAUGGAGUGCCAGAAAGUUGUGAAGCAUUCAUAGAUUUUCUUGGACAAGUACACAAAACUAAAGAACAGUUUGGACAAGAUGGUCCAAUCACUGUACAUUGCAGUGCUGGAGUUGGUAGAACAGGUGUAUUUCUGGCUUUAUCUAUUGUCCUUGAAAGGAUGCGACAUGAAGGAGUUGUAGAUAUGUUUCAAACCAUUAGAAUGCUUCGAACACAACGUCCUGGCAUGGUACAAACUGAAGAUCAAUAUCAAUUUUGCUAUAACGCCGUCCUAGAAUAUCUCUCAUCAUUUGAUCAUUAUUCAAUAUAAGAUGAAGAAGUUGAUCUAUCUACAUAACUUCAAAAAGAGGUAAACUUCCAAACGAAAUCACUGUUCGAAAAACCACAGUUUUUUCUUCCUUUCAGUUAUUUUAAGAUAAUAAAACAAAAUGUAGAUUAUUUACCAACUUAUUUCAACUUCCAUACCUUGUGAACCUGUUUUAUAAUGUUGACUGAGAAAUUUCAGUUAAUACACUCACUCCACUUUAUUUCUUUCUGUCCUCUUCUCUUGUUCAGUUAACUAAUUUGUUCAUUUUUCGUUAUUCAAUGUUCGUUUGUUUAUAUGAUAAAAAUGAAAAGAAUUAUUUCCCGGUUUAGUCAACAUUCAAAAAAUCCACUGAACCUCUUCUUUUUUGCUUUAAACUCAUUCAGUUGGUUAAUGGGGUAUGCUGAAAAAAAAAUACAAAGGCACUGGUUGUCUUAUUUUUUUUCCAAAAUAGGUUCUGUAUCAAUUACUGAUAUUGCUAAGCUGCUGUUCAAAGUACCUCCAAAACUUUUGAUGAAUAAAAUUACAAGUUACUUUGAUUUCAUUUAAUUGUCUGUUGUUUAUCAGUGCAUGCUGUUUUCGUAUUUUUCUUUCUUUAUUUUCCCCUCUGAUAAUUAUUCUUCAAUAUUUUCCCCUUGAUUUCUUGCAUCUCCUUUCGUUGAAAUCUGUUUAUCUUUGUUUGCGAAGGGCAUUUCAGAAGACUACAGCAUAUAUAGAUAAUUGGAUACAUAUGCAGAUAUUUACUUCUAUUUGUUAAGACUGAUAACUGUGUUAAAUGAUAGGUGUUCACAUUUACAUAUUUAAUUAUUACUACUAUUAUGAAUAACAUGAUAAUUAUUCGUAUUUGUUAUUAGAACAGAAGCAUUACACUGCGCCUGUAAAGAAUUCAACUCAAAAUAAUUCCAUGUUCAACUUAUGUCUUUUGUAGAAUUGUUUUCACUGAAACAUGCAUAAAUCCACAUAGUUAUGCAUACUUUAAUUAAUGAAUGUCGUUAUUGUAUUAUUUUUUUCACAGUGAAUCCCUUAUACAAUCACUACUCCUACUGCUACUGCUACCACCGCUACUAUUACUACUACUACUUACACAACUGAGUUUAUCUUUAAAAAUAAACAUCACUGAGACAAUUCAGUGUGUACUUACCUUCCUCUGUUUUCAACAGGUAGAAAAGAUGGUUACUUAUUGGUCUACAUGUGUAUAAAAGCAAAACUACAAAACAAUGAAAAAUUAACUUGAAGAGAAAAGAAACAGUAACAAGCGGGCAUUGUCUGUUUAUUUAUUUACUUUCAUUGUACUGCCUCAUUUUGUACAGCUGAGUUGUGAUUGUCUAAAAAUGUGAAAUUUAAAAGAUAACAAAGUCAGAUGUGCUUUUAUGUCUUUUUUCCAAUUAUAAAAAAAAAUAAUUAAGUUCGUUGUUAUUAAAUUAAAAUGACGAGUUAAUUAUAAUUGUAUAUACUAAA